UCUUUAGUUUGGCAAAGAGGUAAAUUUGGUAACCAUGAUCAUACACAAUUGAAAGCAAUAGCCACCCUCGGCGUCUAAAACGAAAAUGUCAAAAGUUACCAAUGUCUCCAAUAGAAAAAAUAUAUUGAACCGAGAUUCUCCUGAUCAAUGUUUUGCAGACAAGCGAAGUUUGAAGUGAAUUGAAUGAAAAUGGGGACGAAUUUACUAGUAAAGGAGUGUGCAGGAAAGGGCAUGGGGGGAGCAUGCGCUGGUCCGGCCUAUAUACGCUGUGGACUCUGCGGAGCUGUUAGUUAUUGCUCUCCUUUUCACCAGAAACUUCAUUGGACAGAACACAAGGAAGAAUGUAAGAGAAUGGAGAAGCAAAUGAAACACACUAGCUUUUUGCAUGAUUUUCCUUUUCUGUUUACACGAGAAAGUACAGAGCAGGUGGAAAUGGGAGAGGUAUCAUAUUGCUCUUUCUUAGAAAGACGAGAACUUCACCAGAUUGGUUUGUGGAAAUCCGAAUGUGGAUGUGGAGAGCCAAUAUUGUAUUUGGAUGCUUCAUGGAUACAUGGCAGUUGGAAUUUGAAGAGUGAGAUGUGCCCUUGCACAGAUCCUGAAAGUCCCUUAGCUACAGUUCUGACGAAUUGGGCUGAUUACUACAGCUGGAGGUGCCUCCCUCUUGAUUCACCAGUUGCUUUACUGCUCCACUGGCCCCUGACUAUGUAUUAUGCUUUCCAACUCCUUGCUACUAGACUGCAAAACAUUCUACCCAGUCCUGGGCAGGAGUUGCGGAUCCAUUAUUUGGGUCCUGACAAGGAACUCCAUCAGCUUCCAGUUUUUGCAGAGCUAUGUACUCUUUUUCCUGGUGUUCAAUUACAAAUAGAUUUUGUUGGACCUUCCGUACCAGAUUUCAGAGAUGGUGAACAUGCUGAACUUACAGGAUAUGCAAAAUGCCUGAAUGAUUCUUGCCAAUGCAAAGUUUCUAGAUGUAUGGAAGAUCAUAUGUAUGACACAACAUCUGUACAAUGCAAAAAUCAACCUUCCACUAUGGCAUUACGGUUUUGGAAGGGUCUCUAUCAUGAGCGUUUUGAAGAUAUUAAAAAAGUAUCUCCACCUCACUUUAUUUUUGCGCCAAAUGCUGGCAUAGCAGCCUACCAUAGCUGGUUAUUGACCAUUAAGCUCAUAAGUGAACUCCAUGUACCAGCCGUAUUCACAGAUUAUUGUGAAGAAGCAGCAUUUCUGGCUAUCCGUUGCAUUAGUAGUAUCCAUGAAGAUCCUCUAGCAUUACCUCUUCAGAUUAAUCCAUUCAGGCAACCUAUCAUUAUUGAAAAUGCUGUUUUAGACAUUCCCACAUAUUCAAAUUCCUUUCUUUUUGGAACAUGCUAAAUUUGAAGAAAAAUCUUAUCAGUGGUAGUGCUUGUCAACUAAUCAUUGCCAUGAUUCACACUUAUGUAGACAUUAAAUAUGUUGAAACCCUAUUUAUCUAGCAAUUUCUCAAACUUGUAGAUUGCAUGGUUGUCUAUAGUCAUUAUUUUAUCUUUGCAGAAAUAUUAGAGUAAUUAAUUAGUCUCAAAGCAUGCGUAUGAACUGAAGUUGUCUUUUGUUUUAUGCUCUUCUUGGUCCAUAUAUUGAUACUUUUCACUUAGAUUCUUAUGCUACAAUAUGGUUGGAUUAUGAUCUAAUUUGGAUGUGUUAUUUGAGAGGAAAUAUAUUGGACGCUAUUUGAUGGA